AUGGCUAGCGGGCUGGGUGCCCCAGGCAAGGCACGCACCCUCUCUGAACCUCAGUUUUCUCAGCUGCAAAAUGGAGAUGACGAGAUCGCGCCUUCAGCGAUCCACGAGUUCCCCACAGACCUGUUCUCCAAUAAGGAACGACAGCACGGAGCUGUCCUGCUGCAUAUCCUCGGUGCUCUGUACAUGUUCUACGCCUUGGCCAUAGUGUGUGACGACUUCUUUGUUCCGUCCCUAGAGAAGAUCUGUGAGAAACUCCAUCUGAGCGAAGAUGUGGCAGGAGCCACCUUCAUGGCCGCAGGGAGCUCCACGCCAGAGCUGUUUGCCUCUGUCAUUGGCGUCUUCAUCACCCACGGGGACGUCGGGGUGGGGACCAUCGUGGGUUCCGCCGUGUUCAACAUCCUGUGUAUCAUUGGAGUGUGUGGACUGUUCGCCGGCCAGGUGGUGCGCCUGACCUGGUGGGCCGUGUGCCGGGACUCCGUCUACUAUACCCUUUCUGUCAUCGUGCUCAUCGCGUUCAUAUACGAUGAGGAAAUUGUGUGGUGGGAAGGCUUGGUGCUCAUCGUCUUGUAUGGGUUUUACAUUCUGAUCAUGAAGUACAACGUGAAGAUGCAGGCCUUUUUCACAACCAAGCAAAAGAGCAUUGCCAACGGCAACCCGGUCAGCAACGAGCUGGAAGAUGGUAAUGACUUCUAUGACGGUAGCUAUGAUGACCCUUCCGUGCCAUUGCUGAGGCAAGUGAAGGAGAAGCCACAGUACGGCAAGAGCCCCGUGGUGAUGGUGGACGAGAUCCUGAGCUCCAGCCCCCCCAAGUUCAGCUUCCCCGAGGCGGGCUUGCGCAUCAUGAUCACCAACAAGUUCGGGCCCAGGACCCGGCUGCGGAUGGCCAGCAGGAUCAUCAUCAACGAGCGGCAGAGACUCAUCAACUCGGCCAACGGGGUGAGCAGCAAGCCGCUUCAAAACGGGAGGCACGAGAACAUCGAGAACGGGAAUGUUCCCGUGGAAAACCCCGGAGACCCUCCGCAGGACCAGGAGCAGCAGCCGCCGCCCCAGCCACCACCCCCGGAGCCAGAGCCGGUGGAGACCGUCUUCCUGUCCCCCUUCUCCAUGCCUGAGACACGAGGGGACAAGGCCAAGUGGGUGUUCACCUGGCCGCUCAUCUUCCUCCUGUGCAUCACCAUCCCCAACUGCAGCAAGCCCCGCUGGGAGAAGCUGUUCAUGGUCACCUUCAUCACGGCCACGCUGUGGAUCGCCGUCUUCUCCUACUUCAUGGUGUGGCUGGUGACUAUCAUCGGGUACACACUGGGGAUCCCCGACGUCAUCAUGGGUAUCACCUUCCUGGCCGCGGGCACCAGCGUCCCCGACUGCAUGGCCAGCUUAAUCGUGGCGAGACAAGGCCUUGGAGACAUGGCGGUCUCUAACACCAUAGGAAGCAACGUGUUCGACAUCCUGGUGGGGCUCGGCAUCCCGUGGGGCCUGCAGACCAUGGUCAUUAGUUAUGGAUCCACAGUCAAGAUCAACAGCCGGGGUCUGGUCUAUUCUGUGGUGCUGCUGCUGGGCUCCGUGGCACUCACCGUCCUCGGCAUUCACCUCAACAAAUGGCAGCUGGACCGGAAGCUGGGCAUCUACGUGUUGGUUCUCUACGCCAUCUUCCUGUGCUUCUCCAUAAUGAUAGAGUUUAAUGUCUUUACCUUCGUCAACUUGCCCAUGUGUCAAGAAGACGAUUAAAGCUGAGCCACCACCCGCAAGCCGUCCUGGCCACCCGCCAUGCUGGCAUCCUCCUCUCUCUCUCCCUCUCCCACCACAGGUCUCUCCUGCCUCGGCCACCACCAUCUGUCCUUUCAUGAGCUGGAAGGAAGGGCCACCAUGGUCUUUGUCUGGUCCCAGGCCAGGCUGUGAGACUACUCCUUAGAGUCAGCCCGCAAGGCAGGGUCCCAGCGUGACUUGAGUUGAGCAGCUCUGCAGACCCCUGAGCUGCCAGUCACGGGGACAUGAAGCCUCUCAUCUCUUGCACACUUCACUCAAAAGGACUUCUGCAUGCAGUUUGUCUUUCUCUUCCACAAGCAGCCUCAGAAAUGAGGCGGUCGUUGCACGUGAGGUCUCCCUGGGCAAGUGCAAAACCAAAGUGCCACUCUCCAGCAUCAGCUCUGGGCCGGAGGGGAGAGAGCCUCAGGCAGCCUGUGCCACCAGGAGCUUCUGACUUCUGCCAGAAGCACUCACGGUUUGGAAGAGGCAAGGUGUCACCCUGCUGGGGGUUUGAGACCAUGACAGCAGACAUUCCACUCCUUUUUUCUGGAAAAAUUUGAAGAAUGGAAACUUUUCUUUCACAGCAGAAGAGAAAAAAGCAAGCAAAUACUCUUAUCCUUUUUAUUGAUGUGGAGAAUGAGCAAUGAAAUAUUAAAACAUAAAGCAUCAUACAGAUCAUCAUACUUGAAAAAUAUCAUUCUACACAAAAGGAUCAUAAUGGGGACCAAAAGGUCACCCCUGUACAAAAAAGAGCCCUCUGUGUACCAUCUUGCAUUGACUCUAAGAUGUUUGGUUUGGAAUAUAGAAAAAGGUGAAGGACCAACGUGGAAACAGGUGCUAACUCAGACACGGUGAGGACUGUAGUUUAUAGCUCGACAUUCCAGACCUUCUGUAUGAGGCAAUGCACUGUCCGUUCAGGUUUGUCAUUUCUUUGUUAAUGUUUUAGCUUCAGAACCCCUCUUUCGAAAGCCCAAUUGUUAAAAUGCCCAGUCAAUUUCAGAACUGAUGGUUAGUGACAAGAAGAGGAAUUUCCUUAAAAACAAUGAAUUGCUUUCUGGUUAACAGGAGGCAAGUGUGAAAACCGAAUCUUGGAAUUUUUAGAGCUAAUUUUCUUGAAACGUACAGCUUACUACACACGAAAGACUGGGGAUAGGAGACUGAUUAAAAAAUAGAAAAGUAGGAAAUAAUGUUCAACUGCUUCCUAGCUCUAAAAUAGAUAUUGAAAAGAUUUAUGAACACAAACCUCUCCUGGGUUCUCAAAAGCAAGCACAAAUUAAUUUUAUAUAGAGUGUUCUUUUAUUUUUUUAAUGUUUCUAUUGCAAAGUCUAUCAACUCUGAUGCACUUUUAAUAUGGUGAUAUUUUGCACGGGAGAAGAUGUGGGAAUGACCCAUGUCGAUGUCAGAGGAAAGAUUUUUAGCGAUUCACCAGAAAUCGCUUUAAACUUGGCAGUGAAUUUAAAACCAGUAGUUAGCCCCUUCCUGAGACUCAAAGCUCAUGACCCACAUUGGAAUUUGUGACUGUGCUCUUUAAGGCCUCCUGAAUUCCAAAAAGAGGAAGUGUUCAAGCCUGCCUCCCCACCCCCAGUUCCCUUAAGCAUGAACCUGUGGUGGGACUUGGCUCCCGUCCCCAGUGUCCAUUCAGGACUCACGUCAGUAUUAGGACGACACCACAUCAACGCUUCUCUUUCUGUUUCUCUGCCUAGAAACUGGGCUCAGUGGUCUUCAGAUCGAAACCAGAAGGCUUUUCCUAAGAAACUGGCUAAGCAGGAUGGAGCCUGUGGGUUCAGCAGUAGAAACUUAGCUGUGAGAGUUUUCAGAGCCCCUGGGGACCCCUCUGGGCCUGAACAGCUUAGUUCACCUAACACACACACACACACACACACACACACAUGCACACACCAACUCAGCCCAGGUUCCAAGUGCUUCCGUCUCUGUUUUGAUUCUUCUAACUGCCCUGUGAUAGGUAGGGAUAAUUCUUCCCACAUAUUAGACAGUUUAGUCUUGGGCAGGUCAACUGACUAGAGAUUAGUGGCCAGUGAGCAUCAGCGCCUGUCCAAGCGCCAGCCCAUGGCCCCUCCCCAGCUGAGCCAGUGCACGUGGGUUGGCCAGCCUGGGGCUGCAGGCGUGGGUAUGACUUUGCACUUGUGGUUGGUUCUUUUUGUUUAAGUCAAAACCUCAGCAAAUAUUUAAUUGACUCCUGAUUCCCCAGGUCAUAUCCUAAUACCUGUUCUUAUCUGAUGUCCCUGUUUUGUUUUGUUUUUUCCUAAAACAGACCAAAAAUUAUUUUCAGAUAUGACAAGACCCAGGGCACAUGGCCCCUGAAGAUGUCCCUACUGGCUUUCAAAUUCUCCGAGUCCUUGUGUAACUUUCAGAGAAUAUAUCCUAAUUGCCCUCCUCUUCUCUGCAGAAUCCAUUGGAGGUUAUAAAGUAUACUGCAGCUGCAGUUAGAGACUAUGAAAUUAUGUUUUUAAUAUGUAGUAUGCUCCUCUUGGCUAGUGUUCUUUGGACUUUAAUGUGCCAAUGUAAUGUCCUUAAAAGGCUCUAUGCAUUGUCAUACCUAGGAUACUUUAUGUACAGUGUAGGUGAAGAAUUCUUGUUUUUUAAACUACAUAUAUUUCCAUCACAAGUUUAAGAAUUGCUUGAUAAUUUAGGCCUCCGUUUUUUUAAUUAUGCUUUCAGCCCAUGCAGGAUCUCUCCCUUUAUUUUAUCUCCAAAGCUAAUUAGCAUGAGGUAAUUAUUUCUGCUACAAAAAGAGACAAAUAAAAAAUACAUUAAGCUCUUCUCUUGGGGACAGAAAAGCAAAAGGAACCAUUGCACUCAGGUAGAAAAUGUCUUCAGAAGCAGGUGCAGCUGAGUCCUGCUUCUGGUUUGGAAUUUGUCCUUACUGGCCAAAGGAUAAGGAUGGACAGUGUGAAGCAUCUUGGGAACCUGGCCCUGGAGGAAGGUUCUGGGUCAGCUGCUGUGAGAGACGGAAGAUUAAGGGCACUCUGGGCAGUUGCUGUGGUCCCCUUGCUCCUAUAACACGGUCUCCGGCCUGGCAGCCUCUGCGUCUCCCCCUGUGGCCCGCCUCCCCCUUGUGCGCACACCUGGCUACGUGUGUGCGCGCCUGCUCAUUCCCCUCCUCGCCUGUUCCGGCUUUUGCCCAACCGCCCCUGCCUUUACAGACCCAAGCAGCAGCUAGGCACUCACCUUCCUUGAGCCAGGUUGAGCCAGGUGAGAUUUGCACAUCAGCCAAGCGCAGUCCUGCAGAGGGGGAUCAAAGGCCCCAGCCUGGGCUGCUCGGGGUCUAGUUUCUUCUACCUGCUCUUCCCGUAAGGGGGAUUUGCCAGCUCAAUCGCUGCUGCAGCAGCCCACCCUCAGAGGACCCUGGACUCCCCAGCAGGCAGGAACUUGGAAAUGAGCUGGGGUUGGGGCUCAAGGCACAUAGAUGAUCAGUGGGGGCUUUUUGCCACCUCAUGGGAACUUCCCCCUGGGGGUCAGCAGUUGUCAGUAGUUGACAUCUCUUCCCUGGCUGGAUGUCUGUGCUGUGAACACAAUAGACAGUCAGCACAUGCUUUUGCUUGAAUAGCAAAGGGCUUGCUUCUGAGGGUUGAAAUCGUCAGGAGAUGAGCCAUGCUCUGAAUAUGUAUCCAGCUCUCUCAAGUGCCCUCCACAGUUUCCGUGGGAGUCCCCCUUCCCUGGGGGCAGUUAGCAGAUGCCUCCAGGAUACCUGAGGUGGUUCAUGUCUAGGGCAGCUCUGUUGUCACAUCGUGUCCUUAGAAACUUCUAGAAAUUCCUAAAAAUGCUCUCUGGUUAGCUCUUGGGUGGCAAGAAGUCCCUCAUCCCCCAUGCCUUGGACCCAUGGCCCUCUCUCUCCACAUGGACCCAUCCAGAGCAUCCGUGCACCCUUUGCAGCUCCUCAUGUGGGCCCCUCAUGUGAGGUCUCUCCAAGCGUGGGGGAGGGGCCCUUCCUGUUCUUUGGGUAGCUUGGCCGUUGUCAGUUGUGUGAGAACGAGAGGGAGGCUGUUUCACAGGCCAGCUCUACCGGUCGGAGAACAGGCUCCCGCCAGGUCCGUCAUGGGGAGCCCUGACCUCGUGCAGGGCGCUCCUCCCUGAAGGGCUUGCUCCGUGGGGUACUGACUUUUUAAAGGCAUUUUUAUUUAGGUUGUUGUAGUUGCUUGCUAAUAAAGAAAACUAAAACCGGACACUAGCUGUGUGCUUCACCUGGAAACUGGCAGCUAGCGAGUAAAUUUGGGGCUGUCACAGUGCCACCCAGCUCCAGCUAGUGAGUGCCCACGUGAGACCAGUAGGAGGGCCGUUCUUCCCAGUCUGCCACCGGGUGGAGCAGUCUUUUCCAGAAAGCCAGCUGAGUGGUAUCUGAGCUUCGAUUCUUUCAUGGGAGUUUUAAAAAAUCCAAACUUUUCAACCACGAAUGACUUCCAGGUUCUACUCAUUGUGGCCAAGUCCCCAAACACCCUAGGCAAGUACUGCUAGGGACAGGUGGCCCUGCCUGUGUCCUCCUUGACCUUCGUGCUUCUAGGGCAUUGUGUCCACUCUUAGGGAGUCAGUAUCCAGCUGUCCAAGUUGUGUAUCUUCAUCCUGCUUCGUGCCAGGGGCUGAAAUCCCAGUCUCUCCCAGGCUCAAUGCUGUGGCUGGGUACUGGGGGCUCCCUGGGGCAUCUCUGGAGGGCAAACCUUGACCGUGUGGCUUUUCCAUCCAUUGGAUUUGCGGGGCUGGAGUUGGUUACUCCUUAGCUAAAGCCUGGGUGUGGCAUGAUCCACCCCUGUCCCACACAGUUGUCAGAGUUCAAGCUGCUGUCCUUCUGCACUUUGCUGGUUGGGACUUUUCCCACGUCUAAGGCCAACAAAAUCCUUAAUCCUGGAGGGAGUACGUACCCUCCCCACCCAGUCACUGGAAAACAAAAUUUUAAAGCUACCAGAGGGAACGUGCAGCCUUUGGUUUCUAGAUGCAGGACUUGGUAUGACCCGCGUUUGUGUACAGAGGGAGGGACGCAGACAGCACACCAAAUUCCCAACAGGGGAGUUCCCCAGUCCCUCCCCAAGGGGACAGGAAGGCCUCUCCUCCCCCUGAAAAUGCAAGGCCGUUCUGUUUUUCCAAAUAAAAUCUCCUAGGGUUUUUUUUUCCUGACCACUGGGCCUCCUGCCUCACCUUUCAUCCCUGUCCCUCUACGUUGUAGACCCUGUGACCACACUGUCCGCACUGCCCAGGGAUUGUGUCAGGGCAUUUGGGGACCCAGAGCUGUGACUGAGCUGCUGUGGGGGAUCCCUGUGGGGGGCUGCUAGUCUAUGAGUCCAGUUCAGAGCGCUGGCUCCCUGGCAGCGUGCCCGCUGCCUGGAUCUCCCUUCCAGCUGAGAGUAGCUGCCGGCAUCUGAACACAAAGAGAGCUUUGAUUACCUAGAGAGGAGGAGGGCAGCUGGCCACUUGAGGCCCAGCCCGUGGGCAGAUGCAGGGUCGCCAAGGCAAGGACCCAGCCUGCAGGGGCCAGGCGCAUACAAGAUGCCAAGAGGUGGGCAGGGCAUGGCUUCCUGGGGUAUUUGGAUCUUCCUAGGGCACAACCCUGACUUACCAAGUAGCAGGGAGAUUGAUCAGGGUCAUCUUGUGUCCUGAAAGAACCUCGUUAAAAACAGCCCAAACCAAGAACGUCUGGGGCAGUCCACGUGUGGCCUGAGUCCCCCAGGGGAUCCUUCGAGCAUGCUGGGCUGCACCCUCGUCUUCGUUCAUUCUCUCAGAGCAGGAGCAACGGGUUGGAAAAUUGUAAAUAAUAAAUAUAUUUAUGCCGCUAUUUAUUUUUUCAGUAACUGUGACCUCCUGCACUGUGAAUGCUCUGUGACAUGAGAUUCUUAGUUGAAUAAAACUGUCAUUAAAUUUGAAUGAAUUGACAUUCUUGGUUCCUAAACACUGGCAUGAGUUUACUAUUGUUGUAAAGAACAAUCUAGAGUAAAUACAAACUGAACCUUUAUGAGAAAUCUAGCGGUCAGUAUUGUAAUGCAAUAUAUCAAAAGUCUGUACACUGUCAAUAAAACAAAUGACCACGAGUUGUCUUUCCCUACAUAGAACUUCCAUUCAUGUUUUCAUAGACAUGCAUAUUUGUAUUUUUUUGAAAGAAUUACACUGGAAUAAGAGCCAUUGAAAACCAUUUCUA